AUGCGGGAUCCUGAUACAGGGAACUCACGAGGUUCCAUCAGCUAUGAUUCCUUUGAGGCAUCUGAUGCUGCCAUUGAGGCAAUGACGGGACAAUAUCUCUGUAAUCGACAAAUAACAGUUUCUUACUCAUUACUUUUUGAAUUUGCAGAGAGACUUUUGGCUGCUACAAAUCGCCCAGACAAGCAGGCCCCAUACGCGCUUCGUAAUUGGCCCGCCAACACAUCUCAAUACUCCUCAAGCUAA